AUGCCUCUGUUCCCAAGGAAACUGGCUGACCUGUUUGGCUUGGAGACCUAUGUGCCGAAGCCCGACCUUGGGAAUGGAGGUCUGGGCUCCCGGCCGGCUCAGGGGGCCUUGGCACAGGAGCCCCAGGAGCCUGGCUCAGCCUCACACAGAGGCCUCCCCCUGAGCCAGGCCAAGGAGACAGAUCAUCCCAGCAGUCCUGGUCUUACGAGGGACAGAGAGCUGAAGGACGGCUUUGGAAAGAUCCGUGCUGCACUGUGGGAGUUGGCUCAAGAGAACUUGGAGCCAAUGGACACAAAGCAUUUUGUGGAAGAGAUGAAGAAAAGGAGACAAAAGAAAAGAUUCUCGCAGCUUCUUCCUGAGACAGUUGAGACCAGGGACGCAGCUGAAGCAACCUUUAGCUUACCACCUGUUGAUGGCACAGCUCCUAGGGUGCAGAGAAAAGACCCUGGUACUGCCUUGAAGAAGAAGGUCUUGAGAAAGCAGGACAACGUGCCCUUACUGCCCAAUAAGCCCACCAUCCUUGGAGAUGGCAGCUUCCCACGCAACUCCUCAGUGACCUCGCAGACAGCCACUGGUGCCCAGCGCCGAGAGGAGCCGCUCCGUGGGCAUGGGCAGAAGGACAGAGCCUAUCCAGACCCACAGCAGGCCUUGCAGGAGGCACUGUCCUUGCUGGGCAGCGAUGACUGGGAGCUGAAGGAGAAGGGACUCUUCAACAUCAAGCACCUGGCUGAGUCCCAUUCAGAAGUCCUGCUGUCCAGACUUCAUGACAUUUGCUUGGCAGUUACCAGCGAGGUGACCAAUCUUCGGUCCAAGGUGUCCUACUCUGCAGUCGUCACUCUGGGAGAGUUCUUUGUGACCUUGAAGAAGGACAUGGACUGCGAGGCGGAUGAGGUUGCUGCAGUCCUUCUCCAGAUGGUGUGGAACUCCCCAGAGUUUGUUCAGAAGGCAGCCUGUCAGAGCCUGGGGAUGAUGGUAGAGAAUGUGACUCCUGCACGAGCAAUGGCUGCUCUCAUGGACAGGGGAGUCAAGAGCCGCUACGCCCAGGUGCGGAAGUGUGCGGCCCAACUCCUCCUGUCCCUGAUGCAGAAAUUGGGAGUCACGAAGCUGGCAGGCACAGCCAGGGCUGAGAGGCUGGCACAGGUGGCAGGGACGCUUGCUCAGGACUGUCACCAGGACACAAGGCAUUAUGGACAGGAGAUGGUGAAGAUGUUGCUGAGCCAUCAAAAAUUUAAAAUGCUUCUGGAACAAUCUCUCUCCAUGCGUGAUCUGGAAGAUAUUCUGACAAGAAUUAAGAAGAAAGGGAUGGAAAACCAGAAAGGUGAACGUCCAUCUGUCAAGGAGCCGGUGGAGAAGAGGAACGAUGGCUCCAAGAAGCCCCAGGCCACAUUGCCUUCUAGCAAACGGGUGAAACCUACCUCUGAUGGAUGCCUCGUACACCGUGCCAAAGCCCAGGUCACGCUGCCUGCAGCUGUGGAAGAAACGGAGCCACUCCAGAAGCUUUACCAUCUCCUGGAGGCCAAGGGGUUUCAGACACGCAUGGAAGGAGUGGCACUCCUCCUAGACCUGUGCAAAACCAGCCCCCAGCUCAUAUCCACUAACAUUGUCCAAAUUUUUGAUUAUUUUGUCCUGAGAAUAUCUGACAGCCACAAGAAAGUGAAGCAGAAGGCGCUGGACGUGCUGGCUGAAAUCAUCGGCCUCCUGGAAGAUGCCCUGAACCCAGUGAUGAUCCCUUUGGUGCAGGGAAUAACAAAGAACCUGAACUCAAAGGAUCCCGGGGUUCAUGCCGCAGCUGUGAACGUACUGGAAGAAUCCAUUGCUCAUCUGGUGCUUGUGGAGUGGGUUCAUGCCUGGAGCCCUGCAGUGGUCCAGCGCUGCGCCCUGCCCGUGCUCUGGUCCUGCCUGGAGAACAAGGCGCUGCCGGUGCGAAGCGCCAGCGUCCGCACUGUGCUCACCAAGCUGGCCUGUGCCCUCUGCGAGGUGAUGGGCACCCAGCUGAGGAAGUGUGCUGCCAGCAAGCCUCCCCACGUGCGGGAAAACCUCAACAGCCUUUUGGGCUGGUGA